UAUGGCGAGGUCGUCAACAUCAACCUGGUGCGGGACAAGAAGACCGGGAAGUCCAAAGGGUUUUGCUUCCUGUGCUACGAGGACCAGAGGAGCACCAUCCUCGCUGUGGACAACUUCAAUGGGAUCAAGAUCAAAGGAAGGACGAUCCGAGUGGACCACGUGGCCAACUAUCGGCCCCCCAAGGACUCUGAUGACUUAGAUGAAGUUACAAAAACUCUCCAUGCCAAGGGCUGUGGAGUUAGAACACCUCCUCAUUCCUCAUCCGACUCCCUGUCAGAAGAUGACGAUGUGCCCGUAAAGAAGCCGAGAG